AUGGUGGAGACACUGGAAGAUAACCUCUGUACCCCUGCCCUCAACUCCUCCUGCAGGUUAAUGCCUGUCACUCCCGAGGCCGUACUCAUCAAAACGCUGCUGUACUGCAUCGCUGUGCUCACGGUGAUGCUCAACUUGUUGGUCAUCAUCUCCAUCUCCCACUUCAGGCAGCUCCACACCCCCACCAACCUCCUCCUCCUCUCCCUGGCUGUGUCCGACUUGCUCCUGGGCCUUGUAGUGAUGCCGACUGCAGUCGUCUUGGUGCAGUCUUGGUGCAUGGAUCAAAUCACAUGUGCCCUUUUGUACCUGUUGGGCUUCAUCCUCACCUCCACCUCUGUCAGCACCAUGGUCCUCAUAUCAGUGGACCGUUACGUGGCUAUCUGUGAGCCUCUGCACUAUUCUUCCAGGAUGACGACAAGCAGAGUUAAAAUCUGCGUGUCUGUGUGUUGGUUCUGCUCUGUUACCUACAACUUAAUAAUAAUGAAAGAUCACUUUUCACAAAUAGGUAAGUCUGAUUCCUGCUACCAAGAAUGUGCAGUCACCAUAAACUACAUUUCAGGGGCGGUAGACUUGGUUCUCACCUUCUUCGGCCCCGUUACUAUCAUCAUAGUUCUGUAUACGAGAGUGUUUGUGGUGGCUGUGUCACAGGCUCGAGUCAUGAGGUCUCAAGCUGCAGAUGUCAAAUCAAACACCGUGACUGUGAAGAAAUCUGAGAUGAGGGCUGCGAGGACUCUUGGUAUUGUCCUUUUUGUGUUUAUACUCUGUCUCUGUCCAUACUACACCCCCUCUCUGGCUGGACAGGACACCACAGUUGUUGACUCACCAGUUACAAUUUGGCUCUUUUUCUGUAACUCCAGUUUCAAUCCUCUGAUCUAUGCCUUUUACUACCCGUGGUUUAGAAAAACAAUUAAACUCAUUGUGAGCCUUCAGAUACUGCAGCCAGGUUCCUGUGAGACCAAGAUCAUGUAG